CUUCUCUCAGGUUGAACUGCGAUUAGGCCAGACAUGGACGCGUUUUCUACCAUUGUGAAUGUAUCUGCAGCGUCUCUGUACGUUUCCCUUCUCUCCAUCGCUUUCAACCCAACAGCUUGGAACAUUGUAGCCCAGAAUGAGUACAGAAACAAGACAAUCACUCGCAUAUUUGGUGGUAAUGCUCGCUAUGGAUGUUACUUCCUAGCUAUCAUGAUAUUCUCAUUCGGGAUGCUUCGUGACCAUUUAUAUCAGCGCGCUUUGAGCGACCAACCUCGUAUUCCCAUGCUCCCUGCACCAUUUGAUACCCUGGUACCAAUUGUUAUGUUUGCGAUCGGCCAGUUGUUUGUUGUCACUUCCACUUGGGCCCUCGGAGUCACUGGAACUUUCCUCGGGGAUUACUUCGGUAUUUUGAUGGAUCACCGCGUACAGGGCUUCCCGUUCAAUGUCCUGAGGGAUCCUAUGUAUGUUGGAAGUACGAUGUGCUUUACUGCGACAGCCUUGUGGUAUGAGCGUCCAGCUGGACUCCUCGUUACUGUGUACGUGUACAUCGUUUACCUCAUUGCACUACGAUUUGAGGGGCCGUUCACCGAUAUGAUCUACUCCAAACGAGCCUCUACAAAGAAGGAAUUAUGAUUACGACACUCAGACGACACAGGACCACACAUUAUCAUUUACUCAACCACCAAUAUAUCUUGGUAGCUUGCUGCAUCUAGCCAAGCUACAAUCGUGCUUCUACACCGCAUCGAUGAAUGUUUGAUUUUUGAGGUCCCGCAGGUUGACGUAAAAGUUUGCCAAAUAUUGGUUGCACUGAGUCCUUCUACAUGAUUUCAGACCGCACGUGCACGGUGUGGUGCUU